CCUCAACCCCCACACACGAAUGAAGUGUGUUUUCGUUGGAGAUGGCGGAGUCCGAAGAGCCCAAAGCGACCUGUACGUUUCUUUUCAAGAAAUCAAACAAGAAGUUUUGUGGUCGGAAGAGAAAAGCCAGCGACAGCGACAAAGACAGGAGCAGCGAUGAGGAGAAAAACGCCGUGGUCAGAAAAGAGAAGAAACCCAGCGCUGCCAACCCCAUGAUACAAAGGACAAGGAAGGUGGAGCGGGAAGCCGUUUCAUCGAGUGAAAGUGAGGAAGACCGUGAAGCCAAAAAGGUCACAGUGGCCUAUAAGUCCACGCGGUCAGCGAAACCGGAGGGGCCAGAGGACAUGGGGGCCACUGCUGUGUACGAACUGGACACGGAGAGAGACAAAGACGCUCAGGCCAUCUUUGAGCGCAGCCAGAAAAUUCAGGAGGAGCUGUCAGGUAAAGAGGAUGAUAAAAUCUACCGUGGCAUCAACAACUACCAUAAAUUCAUUAAGCCUAAAGAUUCCACCAUGGGCAAUGCAUCGUCUGGCAUGGUCAGGAAAGGACCAAUCAGGGCCCCUGAGCACUUGCGUGCUACGGUGAGGUGGGACUACCAGCCUGACAUAUGUAAAGACUAUAAAGAGACCGGCUUCUGUGGAUUUGGAGACAGCUGCAAGUUUUUGCACGACCGUUCAGACUACAAACAUGGCUGGCAGAUUGAAAGGGAGCUGGAAGAGGGACGAUAUGGAGCCAAUGAUGAGGAAAACUACGAGGUGAGCAGUGAUGAAGAGGAUUUUCCCUUCAAGUGUUUCAUCUGCAGGAAUUCUUUCAAGAACCCGAUCAUUACAAAGUGCAGGCAUUAUUUCUGCGAGUCCUGUGCUCUCCAGCAUUACCGCAAGUCCAAGCGUUGUUACGUGUGCAACCAGCAGACCAACGGCGUCUUCAAUCCAGCAAAAGAGCUGAUGGCUAAGAUUCAGAAACACCAGGCUGCUGCAGACCAACCACCCUCAGAUGAGGAUGAUGACUAGUGUUGUCAAAACAUUUUCUUUUUUCUAAUCAUUUUCAACAGUUGUAAAUUGUAUUAUCCAGCCUUCUUAAAUAAAUUUCUCUUUUUUAGCUACGA